GCAACUCACUAUUGGAAGCCGUGGUUGUGCCAAAUUAUUGGAAAACAGCUGGUAAACCCUAUAAUAAGCCAGCCAACUAAAACAACUUUGACUUAAGUCCCAUCAGAACAAUAAAACAAAAAUAUAUUUUCUUUUUACAAGUUUGGAGGUAAUCUAAUCCCCUUAAUGGUUGAAGGAGGCUUAGUAGAAUUAGAGUUCAUACGAAAAUGAUAACCAAAGAAAAGAGCUUGAACAAAGGACGCCAGUUCGUUUUAUUUAAGGUCCACACAAGGUUAUACACAAAUAAAAUGGGACACUUUUAAUGCAAAAACCGAAACGUUGGUUUGAAAGGUUCACUUGGCUAUCAUCUCGUGGCUUACCUUAAAGCUAACUGUGCUUCUAUUAUUAUUUUUCCAUAUGUGCAGUACCCCCGUGUGAACUAAAGAUUUAUGAACGAAACUAAUUACCUUGCAAACACCUUUUUUUCAUUGAAGAGGAUCGUACGGGCCUUGAGAAAGUUUGAACUAGAAUGCCUUAUCGAUUACUUUAUUCUAUUCAAAAACUAAACUCACGUACGUCAUUUUUUCCUGGGUGUUUUAACGUUUUUUCCCUUUGUUCGAGUUUUUUGUCAAGCCAGAGAAAUAUUCAGUCUGAAAAGUAUUUCAUCUCUUACAUGGUAAUCACCAGUUUAAUAUCGGGUUCUUUCAAAAAACAAUCGAUAUCAAUUUCACGACAUAAAGAUGUACAAGUGUUACUUCAUAGCUCAAAAAUUCAAAGGAAGUAAAACGAUGAAUUGUCGAUAUUGAAUUUGCACUAAGUAAGCGUGGGCUGUUUCUGAGCGGACAAAAAGAAAAACAUUACUCAAAUCCCAAUUAUUCCUCCCUCGAGACCACAGAUUGUAAUAAGGAGUUUGUAAUAAUAAGGGCUUUGCACAUUUUCCUUUAAUUCUUUUCAACACCUUUCACUUAAAAUAGUUUACAUUACUGAAGAUGAAAAACAGUCGUCGUUAUCGUAGAAAAACUUACAUUUCUGAAGUCGUAUGAAGACCAUGCUUUGCUCUAGAGACAGCGUACCGCUAGCUAAAAAAAGACUACCUACCUAACACUCUUCGCCUCUUUCUGCUUUCCACGUUCCGGCUGAUUGAAAUCAUGGUCGGUAUUCAAAUUAACCAAACUAAGAAGGCAUUGUGAAUUUUGUCAAUAUCGUCAAACAUGCCUUGUUAAAUAUUAAUUUCUGUCUACAUAACAGGUGACUGAAACCUUGCAGGAGAACGCCUCCAGGAAGAAAAUGGCGGGCAUCUUGUCUUUCGCAUGUAUCAUCACUUUGGCGAUAUACGCAGGUAUUCAUUUUUAGUCUCUUUCCAUGAAACUUUGUCGCUCAAAGUCGCUUUAUCUUGCCCAGUGUCUGUACACUCCGUGAAUACUGGCCUAACCAGCGCCAGGGAAUUGGGAACACAGUGUUUUGGCAUUAGCAAGCAAGAAUUAUGAGCAUGCGAACUACAUAUCGUCAAUCACCGUUCUUGAGUCCAAACCCAAAUCAAAACAACGUAAAGCCGUUCGUCAGAAAAGAAUUGAGUCCAAAAUGCCGCAAUUGCACACUUUAUCUUACCGUAUACUAGCAUUCAACUUUGGUCAAAAAUGUAAUAUUAGUUUGUACUGCUUUCAAAUCCGGUCUUUAUCCUAAAGGAUAAAGUGGGAUGAACAAUUAUGCACGCUCGCUUGAGCAGCAUGGAUCUAUAAUUCCAACCUCGACAAUAUUUGGUCGAAAAAUUUAGAAUAUUCAUGCAGUACAUUGGAAAGUGAACUCAAUUUCGACUCAAAUCUCCGUUAUGCUUGAUUUUCGCGACUUCGUUAGUGUAUUUAUUACGAUGCACAAGCGCUAGUCAACACCAAUGUCAGUCUUUAAGUCUUGGUGAAUUAACCCAGUACUGCGGUUUUUUACGCGGAAAAAAUAUUUAAAGUUCUUUGUCAAUAGGAUUUGAAAUUUAUGUACUUUUUGAAGGAUAAAUUUUUAUCAUCUUAGCGGCAUAAUCUUGUGGUAUACAACAUUGCGGGGUUCCAAACCUGAUUUACAUGCCGAGUUUUGAUAACAACAGAUACCUCUAAUUCCAGAUGUUUCCCCGUUUCACAGAUUCCGGUAAAGAAACAAAUUAAAAGCCGUCUAUCGUUAACUGCGUUCAGAGAGAGCGCCUAACUAACAAAAAAAUUUCAAAAUUCUUCCAGCUUUGGUUUCCUUCUAAAUCAUUUCAGUUCAAUUUGUAGUGUUUGUUUACUUCGUCUCUCGCGGUUCAUGGUUGUCUUUUGGCGUACUUCAUGAACCAUAUGUCAAUCAUCUUAUAUCGAAGGAAUAAAUAACAGUAUCGUCGGAUCAAUAAAUAAAAUUCCAUGUCAUUGGCUUAGAGCACUCUAGUGGCGUUUUGAAUCCUUUCCCAAAAGCUAAGGAGUGCACUUCAUCCGCUCGCGUAUAUUAAACUCGUAGACAACAGGUGUGAUUUUUCCGAUUCCCUGGUGCUUCGUUGCUUUCCGCACACUCUUUUUUCUGGGAAGGCACACUCAGGGCUGUUUUCACGGCACAAACAUGACACUGGAAGCUGUUCGCAUCUCGCAUCUGUUCAUUGCUAUAAUUUGGCUUGGUAUACAAGGCUACGGCGAUGGAAUAAAUACCGACCGCAAAAGUUUAGAUGGUAAUAACGCGACUACAACAAAGUCCAGUGAACUACAAAAGGAUUUGGUGGCAAACACAACCAAGGAAGAUGAUUACAAUGGCACAUUGGAUGCAAUCAAGAAAAGUGACGACGACGAACUUAGGCUGGUCAAAGAACUUUUUGAGAAUUACAGCCAGGAAGUCAGACCAGUAAAAAACAAGAACGCUGCUAUCAAAGUUAUCUUUGGUAUUGCCUACACUCAGCUCGUCGAACUGGAUGAAAAGAAUCAAGUCCUAGUGAGUAACGUUUGGAUAAGACAAAAAUGGAACAAUCACUUGUUGCGCUGGAAUGCCUCUCAUUAUGGUGGUAUUAAGUCCAUCAACGUAGAUCCCAAAAUGGUGUGGCUUCCAGAUAUUGUGCUCUAUAACAAUGCAAAUACAGGAAUAACAAGCGGCAAUAUGGACCAGUUUAAAACGAAAGUGAUUCUGUCCAGCGAUGGUACUAACACCUGGUAUGCUCCAACAAUCUUAAGGAGUCGUUGUGCCAUUGACAUCAAAUUCUUUCCAUUUGACGACCAAAAAUGUGAUCUCCACUUCGGUUCAUGGACGUAUGACGGACUCCGUGUUGAUCUAUUGAACGCGAGCAAUUCUGUUGAUCUCGUCUCUUACAUGCCGAGUGGCGAGUUUGAAAUGGUAGAAGCUCCCGUCAAGAGGACUAUCGUCAAGUACAGCUGUUGCCCAGAGCCAUAUCCAAAUGUGAUAUUCACACUACACAUCCGAAGAAAGGUUCUUUUUUACUUUAACAAUCUCAUCGUUCCCUGUUUCCUCAUAACCGCCUUUGCUCUCCUGACCUUCGUUUUACCACCCAACACCGGAGAGAGAGUUACACUCGUGAUCACCACAUUGCUAGCGAUGACUGUCUUUAUGCUGAUGAUUGCCGAGAACACCCCGACCACUUCAGACGUCACGCCUUUGAUCGGCAAAUUCUUCGUCGCCUCCAUGGUGGAGAUAGGACUAGCUCUGAUUGCUACGUGUUUCGUUCUAAACAUCUACGAAGCAACCGGACCGAGCUCUGAAGUGCCUCGCUGGGUGCGUGUCCUUCUAAUCGAUAUCCUGGCACCCAUUCUCCGAGUUACUCGACCCAAGGAGAAACCUCAGCGCAAAUUUCAUGGCCCGAGCAAUCAGAAUAUUCACUCGUAUAGCCCGAUCAUGCCCGAACACAAUGGAAACAAUAUAGAAAUGGAUGGAAGUCCAAGGGAUGUACUCGUCAUCGCACCAAAGGUCGGCGAGAAGAUCCUGACCUCACGAGACUUCAUCAAUUCUGUAAACGACAAUAGUAUCAGACACAGAGUGCCUUCCUCGCAGGAAAAGCUCCUGGAAGGCAUCAACGUGCUCACCGAACGAGCCAAAGAACAGGAAAAAGAGGAAGAGAUUAAAGAAGAAUGGGAAUCAGUGGCCAAAGUUAUAGACCGCUUCUUUUUAUUACUUUUUAUUGCAACAGUGGCCAUAUCGACAGCGCUUAUCUUUUUACAGCGGCCAAGUUACGCCACGAUGUAAGUGAACGGGGCCCAAAGGUGUUUGAAAAGCUUUAAGUACCGCCCAGUUUUCCCCCCAGGCUGAGGAGGAUUGGCUGCAUGUCUUGAGCAGCCACAUCGUAAGUGGCCUGUUUUCGAGGAAACCAUACCAUAUUAAUGGGACACUGCUCGAUAAGGUUUAUUGUUUCGAGUAAAGAAUUUAAAUCCUUAAAAAAUUAAGGAAAGGCUGGAAGAUACAGUUUUUGAAAUAAAUGUUUAAAUAGACUUUGACGAACCAUUUAGAAUAAAGGAGAUUUCUACGAAAUAAUCUAAAAGAGACUUCGAGGUUGUGGUUAGACGGCCGCGAAAGUGAGUUACUUUUGAAUGGAACGCUUUGAUAGACAUUCCAUUUUUUAGAUGGUUCCCCGUGUAACUGAGAGAGGAUAUAAUUAUUUUAAUCGUGAGCUGUUAUUCAAUUUUGUUUUCUUCUUUCUUUUUGCUAAUUUCAUGAUAUUGUUUUGCAGUUUACAACAAGUUAUUUAGUAGUGCAAAUUAAAUCUUGUCGCAGCGCGCGAAAGGAGAAGGUUUAAUAUAACAACACAGUUUUUUAAACAUACGAAAACAUAUGAGGCUUUUAAUCUAUUUUAAUUGAAUCAAAAUGUAACUGACGAUUUUCCUACCAAAAUGCUGAACUUUAAGACUGUCUACAGUUUGUUUAAAAUCUUUUGCCUUCCGCUAGCUUUUUGUAUGUAGAUUUUUAGAUUUUCAAUGUCAUAUAGUUGUUUUUCUUGCAGUUUUUCGAUCCUCGUGUAUCCAGAGCGGUUGUUUUCCUUUAAAUGUAAUUCAUUGUAUAAAUAGAAUUUUCAAUAAUUCAGACGGAAAUUAAUUUGAUAGGUAAAAAUA